AUGUUGACAGUCUCGCGCCUCAUUGCUGCAUUGCUCGCAGUCAGCUCGGUGGUACGUGCGGUUGAAGAGCCUUACCAACUCAAGGCCAACCAGAAGUUCCAAACAUGUGCAGUUGUUGCCAACUACAGCCAUUGGUUGUUGCUCUCGGAAAAUUUGGACCCAUUCGUUGGAGUCAAAAUUGUUGACAAGGAAGCUUUAAAGGGCUCGAAGAGAGUUCCUCCUGUCAAGGAGGGUGAGGACAAGAAGGAGGAAGAGAAGUCGUUUGAAUGGGAUCUCGAUGUUGUGAUCAUUAGCGCCGAAGAUCUCGCUUUGACUAAAAUGGAACCCGGUCCAGCUGUGAAAGUCUGUGAUGAAUCGGCGAUGAAAGCUCAGUUGUGCCAUUUCAACCCAUCGACCGUACCACAGUAUCCGUUGGACCAGCUGGUUGGGGAGAACCUUAACAAGAAGCCUAUUUCUGCCUUCAAGCUCUCUGCCGAUAAUCACGAUAUUUUCCAGUAUCCAGUUGCUUUCACCGAGAAUUAUUGUGUGAUCAUGCAAUUCAACACUGCUGAAGAAUCUCGGACGCUGGAACUCACUAUCAAUUGGCAACAGUCAUACGGGCAACUGGUGCAAUGGGACUACCAUUACAUGUACAUCUAUGCUUUGAUCGGAAUCAUCUACUUCAUCGCUGCUAUUUCAUACUUCUACUAUGUGUUCUUCAAGAGAAGAUCCACUACCUCGGAGUAUCAGGGAGUGGUGAACUCUAAGACUCAACUCAGAAACGCAGAGAUCCAGCUUCGCAUUUUGCUGUACAUGAUCGGUAAUUGUCUCGUGUACUUCUUGACCUCGAUUCAUCUUCAUUCAUUGAACAAGAUUGGAUACGUUCACUCCAAUUUCAGCGAAGUUUUGCUUUUCUUCUCGUCAUUAGCAUCCAAUACCGUGUUCUCCGUGUGGGUGCUGUACAAUCUCUUGCUGCUCUCCUCUGGCUACCUAUUUAUUUCAGGCAAAAAGGGAGGUCCGGUCUUACUCUUCAUCAGGUUUUUGACCGGAUUCACUUUUAUUUCGUUCUUAGUAUUUGACGUGGAACACUCCAACGUCUACUCAUUCCUGAACGAUAAGAGCUACACAUUUAUGGGCUCUACCAUUUACAUCGAGUACCUCAUCAGUUUCGUGACAGCUGCCUAUUGGUCUUUCAAGACAUAUGUGCAUCUGCGCUCUAAUGGAAAGACGGGUACUGCCAACCGUUUUUUUGGAACCAUGAUUCUAAUUCUCUUGCCUGUCCUGUUCAGCGAACUGGUUCGCGAAAUCAUUGCUUUUGUCAUUUCUUCGGAUGCUUUCUCCACCAUCGCCAACUUGAGCUCAUACAGUUAUAUCUUCAACCUGGUCAUCACACUUGUGGUGGCCUUUUUGUGGAGAAACACCUUGCUUGACUCUGAGAGAGUUGGUAAGGAGUAG